UAUCCAAUCACUCAGAAGUUGUUCCGUAUUAUUAAAGCAUGUCCAGUUAGUGUUGCCAGUGCUGAACGUAGCUUCUCAACUCUGCGAAGAAUUAAAACAUGGCUAAGAACAGGAAUGACAGAAGACAGAUUAGUCGGAUUGGCACUACUUAAUGUACACAGAGACGUUAGUAAA